GUGGCUGUUGCCUAGCAAAGAACCCAGAAUACACAGAGGUGGGACUACCGGAGAACAAAGGCAGGUCUGUUAAUAUCUUCCUCUUUCUUCUCCUUUUCUCUUCCUUCCUGGUCCGGCUGCCUUCAGUAAUAGCUUGGCCUGCUGCCAACGGGUCAUGUGGCCCAAGUUGUCCCCUUUGUAUCUGCAGCACCGGGGCAGACUGCUCCAACCACUGUUAUGAGGUAAUACUGAAAGAUUAUGUCCACUAUGGUGUACCCCAGGGAGGAGAAAAUGGACAAGCUAAGCCAAGAAGAGAUUAUCUCCAACACCAAGCUGGUGAUGCAAGGGCUAGAGGCCCUUAAAAAUGAGCAUAACUCAAUCUUGCACAGCCUACUGGAGACUAUCAAGUGUCUGAAGAAGGAUGAAGAAGCCAACUUAGUACAUGAGAAAGCCAACCUGCUGCGCAAGUCAGUGGAGAUGAUUGAGCUGGGACUUGGAGAAGCUCAGGUCAUGAUGGCACUGUCAAACCACCUGAAUGCUGUGGAGUCUGAAAAGCAGAAAUUGCGGGCUCAGGUGCGCAGGCUAUGCCAGGAGAACCAGUGGCUACGAGAUGAACUAGCAAACACUCAGCAGAAGUUGCAGCGCAGUGAGCAAACUGUGGCACAGCUUGAAGAAGAAAAGAAACAUUUGGAAUUCAUGAACCAGCUGAAGAAAUAUGAUGAAGAUGUAUCCCCAUCGGAAGAGAAGGAAGGUGAUUCUACAAAGGAUUCUUUGGAUGACUUGUUUCCAAAUGAGGAAGAGGAUCAGGGACAAGGAUUACCUCAUCAACACAGCAGUGCUGUAGCAGCUGCUCAGCAAGGUGGUUAUGAGAUCCCAGCACGCUUGCGUACACUACACAAUCUGGUGAUCCAGUAUGCAUCACAGGGACGCUACGAGGUGGCUGUGCCUCUUUGCAAGCAGGCCCUGGAGGACUUGGAGAAGACUUCAGGACAUGAUCACCCUGAUGUGGCCACCAUGCUCAACAUCUUGGCCUUAGUAUAUAGGGAUCAAAAUAAAUAUAAAGAAGCAGCUCACCUGUUAAAUGAUGCAUUGUCUAUUAGAGAGAAAACUCUUGGUAAAGAUCAUCCCGCAGUUGCUGCAACCCUAAAUAAUCUAGCCGUUCUGUAUGGCAAAAGAGGGAAAUACAAGGAAGCAGAACCAUUAUGCAAGCGGGCACUGGAAAUCCGGGAAAAGGUUCUAGGCAAAGAUCACCCAGAUGUGGCCAAACAGUUAAAUAACUUGGCUUUACUAUGCCAGAAUCAGGGCAAGUAUGAAGAAGUAGAAUAUUACUAUCGCCGAGCACUGGAGAUCUACGAAUCCCGCCUAGGGCCUGAUGAUCCAAAUGUUGCUAAAACAAAGAACAAUCUGGCCUCCUGCUACCUGAAACAAGCCAAAUACAAGGAUGCCGAGACCCUAUACAAGGAAAUUCUCACCCGUGCCCAUGUGAAGGAAUUCGGCACAGUUGAUGAUGAACACAAGCCUAUAUGGAUGCAUGCAGAAGAAAGGGAGAAAAUGAGCAAGAGUAAACAUGGAGAAAACAUCCCUUAUGCAGAGUACGGUGGCUGGUACAAAGCCUGCAAGGUCAGCAGCCCCACAGUGAAUACCACUCUGCGGAACCUGGGUGCAUUAUACAAGCGUCAGGGUAAACUGGAGGCUGCAGAAACUUUAGAAGAGUGUGCGCUACGUUCCAGGAGACAGGGUAUUGACCCCAUUAACCAGACUAAAGUGGUGGAAAUUCUCAAAGAGGGUGAUGGCUCUGAGAGGAGGAGGAGCCGAGACAGCCUGGGGGGCAGCAUCAAAUACGAGAAUACCACAGAUGGUAAUGAGGAAGUGAGUAUGGGCGUGGAAUGGAAUGGGGAUGGUACUGGUGCUCUUCAACGCACUGGUUCACUAGGAAAGAUUCGAGAUGUGCUAAGAAGAAGCAGUGAAAUUCUGGUCAAGAAACUUCAAGGGAAUGGCCCAUUAGAGCCACGUAGUACAAACAUGAAACGAGCUGUUUCGUUAAACUACCUGAAUAAAUCCAGUGAGGAUACUUUCCAGGCUUCUCAACAUCUUCGAGCUGAGAGUAGAGGCUUCAGUGCAAGUAGCGUGGAUCUUUCCUCUCGCACCUCUAACUGAGUCUACCCAUGUUGCCAUCUCAAAUAUUACCCGCUUCUCUUAUUAUUUGGAUAUUUCAGUUGCAACCUCUUCUCGAGUCACCAGCUCUCACCAUGGAUGGUACUAACCAAGGUGGAGCUACUGCCAGAUGAGAUAAGGAAACUCUCUUUAGUGAUUUGUCAUGGACUUUGCACCCGGGCUGAAUGCACUUUCCAAGUUGUGUUUUGAUGAUUGCACAGAAUGUGCUCCAAGAGCUCUUACAUGAAGUAUUGGCUCUCUGAAGUGCAAAGACAUAGCUCUCCCUUAAGAAGAGCUACAUUUCCACUACACAGUACUGCUGGGAGAAGUACAUCUCCAGCUGGGUUCUCAUGCUGACUUAUUCCUUCAGUGCCUACCUCUAGGCUUGACUUUGAUAGGAUUUAGUUGAAUUUAUUCUUGCACUCUAACAGCCCUUAUCUUCAUCCUGCAGCCUUUUAUGAUGAAUACCUUUCCAGUUGCUCCAAAACUUCUGAAGCAGGAAGAAGUUGACUAGUUCAGUUUUGUGGGAAAUUAUUUUACAUAAGGGAUAAAGUCAAAGUAUGAAGAGGCAUGUAGAUUUUACAGAGGCUAAAUAUAUGUUCACUUUCUACAAGCUUUGUCUGCAUCUUGACUCAUCAGUGGUGUCUGUCUUCAAAUGAACAACGGUAGUACAAAGCAAUGGGCAUAUGUUACCCUUGAUUUACUUCUGAUUGUUGUUGUGUUAAUUUAAUAAAAU